GGCUUCACACGGCCCAGAAGCCAGAAGCAAGAGGAACGGUUCAGUCCUCAUCGAGAUCGGCAGAGAGAGAGAGAGAGAGAGAGCAAAAGAUGAACGGCGGCGGCAGGAAGUUCGGCGGUGGGCGGCCGCCGACGGGGACUCCGUCGCUGGCCUGGUCAUCGGUGGUCGUGGUCGUCUCCCUCCUCGCGGGGGCCUCCGUCGUCCACAACGUCUACAAGCCCGACAUGACCAUUCCGCCGGUGGGAGGAGGUGGCGGUGAUGACGGCAAGCAGAGUUGAGCUGGUUUCGUGGAGAGGGAUCGCGGAGACGGAUUCUGUUCCUUCGCAAGAACCAUGUUCUGCGUCUGGGUGCCCCCAACCGUUUCUGUCAGCACAGCACUCUGCUGCUCGUACCCACUCGAAUCAAACUAACAUUGUAUGAUUUAUGUAUGUUAUUCAAAGGGAUUUACUUCUUGCAGGAGAUAUUAUGUUCUUAUUUGACAUGACAUUCAAUCCCAGCUCUUUUACAUCUGA